AUGCUAAAAAUUAUCAUUCCAACAAUUAUAUUAUUCCCAGUAAUCUGAUACUCCAACAGCACCAUAAUCUGAAUUAAUAUAACUUCCUGUAGUUUAAUAAUUAACCUUAUAACUCUACCAUUACUAAAUCAAGCUGGAAAUAAUAGCAAUAACUUCUCACUUACAUUCUUUUCUGAUUCACUCUCCUCACCCCUUCUAAUACUAACGGUAUGGUUACUUCCACUAAUAAUUAUAGCUAGUCAACACCACCUUAUAAAAGAGUCUCCAACACGAAAAAAACUAUACUUGUCCAUAUUAAUUUCCUUACAAAUAUUUUUGAUUAUAACAUUUUCAGCCACCGAAUUAAUCUUGUUCUAUAUUCUCUUUGAAGCCACAUUAAUUCCAACCCUUAUUAUCAUCACCCGAUGAGGAAACCAAACAGAACGACUAAACGCAGGCUUAUAUUUCCUAUUUUAUACCCUCAUUGGAUCAUUGCCAUUAUUAGUGGCACUAAUUUACGUGCAAAUUUCCCUAGGGUCACUAAAUUACUUAGUAAUAAAUAUAUGAUUUCAAGAUAUAUCUAGUUCAUGAUCUAGUAAUCUACUAUGAUUAGCAUGCAUUAUAGCAUUUAUAGUUAAGAUACCAUUAUAUGGACUACACCUAUGACUACCCAAAGCACAUGUAGAAGCCCCUAUUGCCGGAUCCAUAGUCCUUGCAGCUGUACUAUUAAAAUUAGGUGGUUAUGGUAUACUACGCCUCACCAUUAUUUUAAACCCAACAACAAAAAUUAUAGCAUACCCUUUUAUUAUACUAUGCUUAUGAGGCAUAAUCAUAACUAGCUCAAUCUGCUUACGACAAACAGACCUAAAAUCAUUAAUCGCUUAUUCAUCAGUCAGCCAUAUAGCGCUAGUUAUCGUAGCAAUUCUCAUACAAACACCAUGAAGCUUUAUAGGCGCUACAGCCCUAAUAAUUGCACAUGGCCUAACAUCAUCAAUACUAUUCUGCCUCGCAAAUUCAAACUACGAACGCAUUCACAGCCGAACAAUGCUAUUAGCGCGAGGACUUCAAGCCUUCCUACCUUUAAUAGCUACCUGAUGGUUACUAGCUAGCCUAACUAACUUAGCUCUACCUCCAUUUAUUAACCUAAUUGGAGAGUUAUUCGUAAUUAUAGCAUCUUUUUCAUGAUCCAAUGUUACAAUUACUAUAACAGGCCUCAACAUACUUAUUACUGCCCUUUACUCUCUCUAUAUACUUACUAUAACACAACGAGGUAAAUUUACAUAUCACAUUCACAAUAUUAAACCCUCCCAUACACGAGAAAAUACUCUAAUAUCUAUACAUAUAUUACCUCUUAUUAUAUUAACCUUUAACCCCAAAAUUAUUAUAGGACUAACAUACU